GCUGCUCUUCCUGCUGUUAUGGAGCGCAGCUAAAAGAACCAUAACGCUCGAUGUGUUUUAUGAAACAAAACAAUACUCAACCUUUACUGAUUCCUUAAAUUGUGAAGGUCACAUUCUCCCUGGAUUAUGGGGGACAAGGCCGGCACCCGGGUAUUCAAGAAAUCCAGUCCGAAUUGUAAGAUUACAGUAUACUUGGGGAAACGGGAUUUUGUGGAUCAUUUAGAUCAGGUGGAUCCUGUAGAUGGUGUCAUAUUGGUCGAUCCUGAAUAUCUCAAAGACAGAAAAGUAUUUGUGACGUUAACCUGUGCCUUCCGUUAUGGACGGGAGGACCUGGACGUUCUUGGACUUUCAUUCCGGAAAGAUCUUUACAUAUCCACGUUUCAAGCUUUCCCACCUAUAGCGGAGGAGCGCAAGCCCAACAGUCGUCUUCAGGAGAGACUUCUGAAGAAACUGGGCCAGCAGGCUCAUCCUUUUCACUUUACUAUCCCUCAAAACUUGCCGUGUUCAGUUACCCUGCAGCCUGGUCCUGAGGACACUGGAAAGGCCUGUGGGGUAGAUUACGAGAUAAGAGCUUUCUGUGCCAGGUCUGUGGAGGAGAAGAUUCAUAAACGAAAUUCUGUUCGAUUAGUGAUUCGUAAAGUGCAGUAUGCUCCUGAGAAGCCUGGUCCCCAGCCGAUGGUGGAGACAACACGGAGCUUCCUGAUGUCUGACCGCUCGCUGCAUCUAGAGGCAUCUCUAGAUAAAGAGCUGUAUUAUCAUGGGGAGCCCAUCAGUGUGAACGUUCAUGUCACCAAUAACUCCACCAAGACUGUCAAACGAGUCAAAAUAUCAGUGCGGCAGUAUGCUGACAUCUGUCUGUUCAGCACAGCUCAGUACAAAUGUCCAGUGGCUCAGCUUGAGGCAGAUGACCAGGUGUCAUCCAGCUCCACGUUCUGUAAGGUGUACACUCUGACUCCUACCCUGAAUAAUAACCGAGAGAAGCGAGGGCUAGCUCUGGAUGGCAAGCUCAAACACGAAGAUACCAACCUGGCCUCCAGCACCAUUGUUAAAGAUGGAUGUAAUAAGGAGGUUCUUGGAGUUCUGGUGUCGUAUCGGGUCAAAGUUAAGCUGGUCGUCUCCCGUGGAGGACUUUUAAGCAGCUUACUGGAGAGAGACGUCUCAGUCGAGCUGCCAUUUGUCUUAAUGCAUCCUAAACCCAUAGAUGUUCCCACUUCUCGACCAGCCUCAGCUGUUCCAGAGGCAGAUCCUCCUAUCGACACCAACCUCAUAGAGUUCGACACAAAUAGCUUCACCCAGGACGAUGACCUGGUGUUUGAAGAUUUUGCCCGUCUGCGGUUAAAAGGAACCACUGAUGAUAAGGAUGAGGACUGCUGAGCCUUCUUUCCUCCCUCUUGUUCGAUAUUUUUUUUUCCACUCAGCCCAGAAACUUACAGCAUGAAGGAAAAAUCACCAACUAAUUUACUCAAAACAGAAUACUCUUUCAUAACCAAUUACCUUCCUAGUUGUCUUAUUCCUUUGAUGAAGCAGUGUUUUGCCAACAUUUUUCAAAAAGUAAAAGGAUCGUUUGAGGAAAGGUGCUGUAACUUAGAGCAUUGAACAAAGGAAAAAAAAAAGAGACUUAACCUCUUUCUCUUAUGAGCACAGAACAAGCUCAUGUGAUUUUUGUGCCAACUGUCAGUGUAGGAAAUCUAGAUGCCACAUUUGCCACUGGCUGCUCUGAUAUGCUCGCGAUCGCACACCGGUCAGUUCUAAAUCUAGGGAGAGAUGCAGGUUUAUGCUCAUUCUCACUAAAUUAGCUCUGUUACAGAUGUCAUAAUUUUCUACAUGGUGUGAGUAAUGUAAAUCUACCUACCCUGCUGAUAAUCUGAUUAAGCUGAACGGCUGAGAAGCUUCGGCAAAGCAGUGAGAUGUCUGCUAAUGUCCAUUUGGACGAAAGUGAUCAUUUCUGCCUGUUAAUAAUAAAAAUAGAGUAGACACCUAAAACAGAAAUCCAGGAAUAUUAUUACCUCAGAAUACAAAAUGUAAACUUUGUAUAGACAUGGUUUUACACACAACAUAUUUAUCACAGGACAUGGUGGUGCAGUCAGUUAAAAUAAAAAUAAAAAAAGAUGGGGGGGGGGUUGAAGGUGCAUGUUUACAUGGUGCCCUAUAGUGGACUGGUGUCCGAUUCAUGCUGGGUUCCCAAGUCUCUCCCGGUGUUCCCGGGAUCGGCUUCAGGUCCACCACAAUCCUGACGGGAUAAAACUGUUCCAGAAGCUGAAUUAAUAUUGAUUGUAAAUUGAACAAAUGACAUCCAUGACAUGACAUCAUAAACAGCCUUAUGUAUAUACUUAUUCGGAAAUCUAGCAACAAAUCUUAUUGCACAACUCCUCAUACAUGCACGGCCAGACAUUAAUCGGCAUUAAAUAAGGCAGAGUUAGAAAAACUCUCACCUAUUAAACAGUUAUAAACUGUGAAUUUGUGUUCUGUUGCUUUGAUGUGUGGGUGAUUGUACGAUUCUGCUGCAAGGUGUGCUUACUCAGUAAUCAGGCUUAUCUGUUUUAGCCUAUUGUGGCAUCUAGGUGUCCUACGUGGUGCCAGCCAUGGUUAGAGGUUAAAUACAAGAAAUGUGAAAAACUCUGUUUUGUUGUUCUGUGAUAUCUUAAUUUUGAAAUGCCUUUUUAGCUUAAUUUCUACACUGUGUUUUGACAUGAGUAAAUAAGUGUUCAUUAUCUUAAUUAUUGAGUUAUAACACAAACAUUAUGCUGAAAUAACUGGAUUGGGAAUCCCAGGUGAAUCUCUCGCGCUCUCACAUGCACACAAACCUCUUUGCCCUGCAUAGCAUUUUAUGAAGAGCUCAUUAGCUAACAGUUAAGCAGUUAAACCUGACUAAUACUCAUAGGCUGUAUGUUUGUGUUAUCCAUGGCAUACUGUGUCCAACCCUCAGGUACACUGGUUCAUUCCUUCUUCAUUUACAGAAAUGUGACAGAAUUGGUGCUGAUAUGGAGUGCGAGCUGUUAAUGGCCAUCUGCACAUUGGAAGGGUGUUUACAUUUCUCAUACAGCACCUUCACGUGUCAAGAAAUAUGCUACUUUGGGUGAAGGAAAAAAAAUUUCAUGUCUCAGACGGUAAAAAGAAGUAUAAUUAUCUUCAUGUUAAUACAAGUUUAAUAACUGUGACGUCAUUGUUUUCCAUUCUUUUUUAUUUCAAAAUUUAUUUAAUUUUUUUAAUAAAAUAUAAAAUGCCAAA